AGAACCUGCAGGCGCCGAGGUUCACCACAUCCUCAUCCACGAGCAGCAUCAUCAGACUGGGAACCACAAAGAUCAUGCAAUGCCAGGCAUUCGGAUACCCCCAGCCCCAGUACAGGUGGAUGAAGGACGGUGUUCUAAUUACGGAUUUGUCGACGGAAUCGUUUUACAAGAUCUUCCACACGCGGCUCGAGGAUGAAGGCAGCUACAGGUGCAUCGCCAGCAACAAGGUGGGAUCGAUCAUGAGCGAGGAAACCAAAGUCGUCGUUGCUUAUAUGGGCGUGUUUGAAAAUCAAACGGAAACGUCAGUGUCAGUGAAAGCAGGGCAAGCUGCGAUCCUCGAUCUUCCGUACAUAGAAUCAUCCCCGGAACCGGAAAUCAUCUGGCAAACGGACGAAGGUCUGCUGAUGUACUCGCAAAAGUACACCAAAUCCAAAACGAAUCAGCUCAUAAUCCUGUCAACGGAAUCCAACGAUGAACAGGCUUAUAGAGCUCGAGCGAUGAACACCCAAGAGGGUAAAGAAGAGAACAGCGCUUACAUCCGUCUGAACGUCAUCGAGGAUGAUAACGGAGGUAGCGAGAUCGCACCUGAAAUCAUCAUCAACCCGCAAGACGUUGAGAUCAUCAAGGGUGCCGAUCAGACGACGUUAGAUUGCAUCGCAAACGCGCGCCCCCUACACGAACUGCAAACGCUAUGGUACAAAGACGGCAUCAUCAUGGAGAGUUCCGGCAUCCAAUACACCUUCAACGACGUCUGGAAUCGAAGCUUGACUUUGAUCUCCGCGAAUCUCACGCAUACCGGCGUCUACGAGUGUCAGGUUUCGCUGAAGACGGGCGGAUUUCCACCUGUCAAAGCUGCGGCGAAUGUCAGAGUUUUGGAGAGACCUAGGUUCGUGAGCAACACUCGCACAGAGUCGUUGGGUGAGUACGGGACGCAGAUCAGUCUUCCCUGCGAUGUCGUUGGAAUACCGAAACCGAACAUCACUUGGUAUAGGAAUACCGUCAACAUUGAGACACUAAAUGACACAAGAUAUCAAAUCGAAGAAGACAACUCGCUGUUCAUCAGGAAGCUCAGCAUCCAAGACAUGGGGAUGUAUCAGUGCUUCGCGAGGAAUCAAGCUGGAGAAAGUUACAUGUCAACUUGGCUUAAAGUCAAAACUGCUGUGCCGGUGAUGGAAGUCGGACCGCAGAACUCGACCGUCCUCGACGGUAAAGACGUAACCGUCAACUGCCAAGCGGCUGGGGCUCCGGAACCCAACAUCACCUGGAUCUUCAAUGAGCAAGAGGAGGUCGAGAUGUCCGGCCGUUUCCAGAAGCUGGAGAACGGAGAUUUGCUUAUUGCUGCGGUGCGCGAAGCCGACGCCGGCUUGUACACUUGCAUUAGGGCCAACGAGGCGGGAAAGGUCACCGGAUCCGCACACAUCACCGUUUUGGUUCGAACGCAGAUCAUCCAUCCACCGGCUCCGACAAGGGUUCUACUAGGACACACGGCUACGCUUCAAUGCAAGGUCUCUUCGGAUCCCACCGUUCCUUACCACUUGCACUGGUACCACAACAAUCA